CUUUCUUCACAAAACCAAUAAUUUCUCAAAUUCACAAUGGAAUCUAAACGACAUAACUCGAUGUCGAAAUCGAAGAUGUUACAGAAACAAAAACACCCAGAAAAUGCAAACCCUAACUUAACUAGUCCUAACCGAAAACCUUCCACAUCCAAAAUUCAGAAACUUUGCACAGUUUCUUCACCUAACAAAAUCCGAGACCGAAAAUUCGUGGUGGCCAAGAAGAAUUCCAAGCUUGAAAACCCAAAACCCGAAAACUUGAAAUCUGUUAAUUGUAAGUGUAAAGAAAGUAAAAGUAAAUCGGGUUCUAAAAAGUGUUUGUGUGUUGCUUAUGAUACUCUCAGGACUUCUCAAGACGAUUUUUCGAAUACUGAAAAAAAUGAGGCUAAUUCGGGAAUAACAGAAAAUUCAGAUGCAAAAUUGGGGGAAAUCGAAAAAGUGAGUGAAGUUGUGAAAAGAAGAAGGGAGAAAUUGAUGGAAGUGGCAAGGGAAAGUAUACCUGUAAAUGGGUGUGGUAGAGUUAUGCAUUUGGUCAAAGCUUUUGAGAAUGCUUUGACUUUACCCAAGUCGAAAAUGGAAGAUGAGGAAGAGAAUGAGGGAGGUGAAGAUGAGACGGUAAAGAUUCCGGUUUGGGAAUUGCCCGGAUUGAGACCUAGAGCUCCUGUGACUGAAUUCUCUUCUCCUGAGCUUUUACUCACUCGGGAAAGCUUGGGAUUGGAUUCGGGUGGUGGGUCUGGUUCUUCGGGCAGUGGUGGAAGUAAUUCGAAAAGGGAUUCUGGUGGUGGGAGCCGUAGCAGACGGAAUAGUUCUGAAUCGUCGUCGACUUUUGGUGGUAGCCGAGGGAAGAGAAGAACAAUUAAGGCUACUCCUCAACAACCCUUCAAGCUCAAAACCGAGCAAAGAGGAAAAUCCAAACAAGAAGAGUUCAUAAAGAAAGUACAGGACAUGAUGAUUGAGCAGGAAAAGCAGAGGAUUCGUGUUGCACAAGGUCUCCCAUGGACAACUGAUGAGCCACAGUGUUUGGCAAAACCACCUGUUAAAGAAAAGACUAUGCCAGUUGAUUUGGUGCUACAUAGCGACAUGAGGGCUGUAGAGCGUGCUGAGUUUGAUCAACAGAUGCAAGAAAAGCUAUCCUUUAUCGAGCAACUCAAACAGGAAAGAGAAAGGCAACAAAAGUUAGCAGAAGAGGAAGAACUAAGGAGGUUGAGGAAGGAGCUUGUGCCAAAGGCUCAACCUAUGCCCUAUUUUGACAGGCCUUUCAUCCCCAAAAGGUCAGAAAAGCAACCUACUUUGCCCAAAGAACCAAGGUUUCAUAACCCUCAGCAGCAGAAGACGUCUGGCGGUCACUAAGGGGAUCACUUCUUACUUAACUUUAGGUGUAUAUGAUGCAAUUAACCUGGUUGCAGUUUUUGGAAAAAAGAUGUCAAUUAUGGUACUUAUGUUUGUUAAGUUCUUUCUUGAACUUAUUUUUUCUAUUUGUUUAUUGGAUUGGAUUGGUAUGGAAAUGUGGGGGGUUCUUGUUGAGUUUGAAUAUAGAGUAAUAAGUAAUUGUAAUUCUUGGACCGGUCUUUGGUUAUUAAACCUGUAAAAAUCUUGGAAGUAUUGAAAAUUGACAUGUUUGUCUUGAUUCGCAGC